AUGGUGGAUACUGAGAUCCCGUCGACCUCACCGUCCCCGAAAACUCGCCGCGAUACACAGAUAUUCUCUCCGCUGCCGAGACCUCUGCUGCAGCAAGAUUCCCCAGAGCCUCAGCUAUCCUUCUCCGAACCCACCCUCCGAUUUCCCCGGCCGCAAGGCAACCAAAACCUUGCCCACUGGAUUUCUAGCAGCGAUCCAGACAUCAUGCAUCUGACGAGCGCUCCGGUCGAAGAUUCCGGCUUGUCCGAGUCUACGUACGAGUUGAUAGGAGGCACCGAUUCCGAGUCUCAAGACGGCAAUUACACGGACAACAUCAGCGAGUCCGUCGGCUCGCUCGACUUCCGCCGUCCAGAUGAUGUGGUCAGCCUUGCUGGCACAGAGCACACAUGCGAUGAAGAGUCCAUCGUUGAUGCAACCGAAGAGCAUCAUCUCACCCGCGGCCCAGAGCUUAACCAUUUCCAGAUACAACACUCCGCCGCCGCAGACGAUACUGACGACGAUGACAACUCCUCCAAAGCGUCUCUUGAAUAUGCAGAUAAUAGCCUGCGUACACCCUCGAUUCUGACCCCCGAUGCCAGUCGAUACUUUGGGCCUGCAGAUGAUCUCUCGAAGAGAAACUUCCUCACCAGGUGGCUUGUAUGGACCCAUGGCCUGUCUGACUCUAUCGCACAGGUGGCAUUCACUACCCUUCCAAGCCUUCUGAUUCUCAUUGCGAUGACUGUGGCUAUCCAGACAGUCGUACUCUGGGCUGGGAAUGCCUCACAGCCAGUUGUGUCUAGCAUUGCAUCGACUAUUUCGCAAACUCCGUUUUUCGCACCCUCUGCUCAGAAUCAGCCCGAAAGCACACUGGCCCUCAGCUCCCCUACUUCUGGAGUUGCGCUGAUUUCGUUGCAAGGUUCGCCAGAUGAAGGCCUCUUUCGCUCACGGAAGCCAACUGUAUCAUUUACACCGCAUGGCCAGAAUGACGUUUUGAUCCAUGUUGCACCAGACGUCAGGGACACUUGGAUGUCAAGCAACUGCCUCAAUGUCACUGUAUUGAGAAGCACGCAGGAACUCAGGUUUACCCUCGCUUCUGUCGACGAUGGCAUCCUUGUCAAGUUUCCUCGCCGAGAGGCAUACGGCGUCGUGAACCUCUCCAUAAAGAGCAGCUGCCGCCCUAAGACGGAAAAGACCAUCAAGGUACACUUCGGCAAGGGCAUCAUAGUGGACGCCUUUGAGAGAACAAAGAGCCUAGCCCAAGACCUGUCGGAGCUAGUACCCGUUGCUGCGCACGAGGCCGAACGAUGCCUCGCUGGAGCCAGGCGUGUUCUCGGAUCCGCUUCAGACUCCUUCGCUCAUGCCUGGCUAGUUGGGACCGAAAGAGCACAGGACCUGCUCAUCAACGGGAACAUUGGCGUUGGUGGUCCUCUCACCAAAACUGUCUCUCAGCUCUGGCAACAGGCCAUCGGUUUCCUGCAAGACAAAAGCAAGAUUUCGGGAAAAUGCUCUAGAUCCAUCAAUGCGGUGCGCAGUGUCCAGACGGAGCUCCGACUCGGAUUAUUGAAUGCUCAAGUGUCGUCUCGCAUGUGGUGGCUCAAAAUCCAAGGCAAGGAUGAAGAGUAUCAAGCGUACUCUGCCCAGGCGCAGGUGUACUUGCAGCAGAAAAAGACGGCAGCCAAGAAGCUCCUGCAAAAGCUGCAGUCGGGGGCCAAGGCCAGGGCCUAG